AAUACACUUUUUCCAGUGGAGUGAGCGAAGCGAGAGAGAGAGAGAGGAAACUUUGCUUCAGAGGAACCUCCAUUAAAGAACGAGAAGCCCUAACGAGGCGUUCACGGCCGGUGGAGUAUUUGCCCGAUCUGCUUCGGAGCAGCAUCAGUAGGUCAAGUUCAGCCAUUUGGAACUGGUGCUUGAGUGUCUUGAUCGAUGGGAGGGAGCGGCUUGGCUGCAAUUUGGAGAAAGAAAACCCUAGGCAAAGUGGGUUCGGGAAAGGCUGCCAAGAAAAUGGAGAAUAGUAAUGUGCUGUCUGUUGUGAGAUGGGAGCGGGGGCAUUGCUAUUUUCAGUAUAUUUUCACCAUUACUUUGGUUCAUGAAGAAAUGAAAUUGCUGGGAUCUCUGUGAAGAAAGCAAUUCGUAGUCAAAUAUGGCACCUUCAUCCACACUGAGAUACUCACAGGGGUGGGAAUGCAUGGGAGAAAACGGUCACAAGAGGUGCAGAAGUUUUGAGAGUGGAUUGACUUUUAAAAGCAAGGAUGAUGAUCUUGCGCUGUUCAAUGAAAUGCAAAAUCAAGAGAAAGAUAAAUUCCUUCUCCAUACAGCUGAUGAUUUUGAGGAAUCUAUUUCAAAGUUGAGGCAUUUCUCUGACUUCAAGCUUGGCAUCAGCAUUCCGGCUAGAGGCGAGAGCGAUUUGCUUAAUGUGGAAGGUGAAAAGAAUGACUAUGAUUGGCUGUUAACCCCUCCUGAUACACCUCUCUUUCCAUCAUUGGAUGAUGAGUAUCCACAAGUGGUCAAUCCUGCAGCUAGAGGUAGGGCAGGAAGCCAAUCGAUUACUUCGAGAAUAGCGGCUGAUAAGAGGCACCAGACAAGUUCUAGUCCAUGCAGACUAAGUCCAUCUCCCCGAUCUAAUGAUACUUUAACACAAAUGAGAGGGAGGACAUCUUCCAUACCUCGAUCUAGUCCACCUCCUUCAAUCAGGUCCGGAACACCAACCUGUAGGUCCUCCACACCUCCAAAUAAGCAAUCCUCACUUACUCCAAGGUCCUCAACUCCAACAGUUCGAAGAGCAAGCACUAGUUCUAACAUUCAUUUAUCAAACUACAGAGGAAGAGGGACCUGUCCAGCGAAGGCAGGUUGUGUGAACCCUGCUUCACCAAAAGUACAAGGGUGGCAAAUGACCCUACCUGGUUUCACAUUCGAGGCACCUCCAAACCUGCGAACUUCUUUAUCAGAUCGAUCAGUGUCACAUACAAGAUGUUCUUCUCCAGCAUCUGCAAAUGGGAGGGUAUCAUCACGGAAGUUUGGAAGGAAAUCAAUGUCACCAACUAGUUCAAGUCUCAGCUCAUCAAAUGGUCAAGAAAGAGACUGCUUUAGCUCUUAUAGUAAGCGUUCUAUGGUGUCCUCUGGUGAUGAUGAGGAAUCACUGCACUCUAUAAAAAUGGGAAUCUCUAGAAGCUCUCCUGCUAGAAAAGAUGGAGCUCUGGCAAGCAACAAAGCCAUGUCAUAUACUAGAAAACCAUCUAGAUAUUCAACAACAAAUUCUGUACCCAAAAGAUCCUUUGUUCCAGCUCUAAGACUGAUGGAUCAGCACAAAACACCUCAGAAUAUGUUCAGGCCACUUCUGUCAAGUGUCCCUGCGACCACUAUCCGGCCCAUUUUCUCAAGGAACUCUUCACUUACAACUAGUAGCAAUGCAAGCUCAGAACAAGGUAUUUUUAGCAUUGCGCUUGAUGUGGAAGGUAGUGAGGUUGAACUAACCGAACUACCAGUUCGAUGGGAGAGGACUGAAGAUUCUGAAAACCAUGAGGAUGUUUUUCUAUUUGAUAAAGUGGAUGAGAUUAUUGAAGUUACGGAUCAUAAGGUACCCUCUAGAAAGCCUCAGAGACAUGAUGACAUUUAUGGUGAAAUUUUGUUACAGAAAUUUGAUUCGGAAGAUACCUACAAUCCCACGAUUCACAUUGGUGUUGAAACAAGUAAUGCGACUCUUGACAAAACAGGCUGUACUGACAAAAAUUGUGAUAUGGAUGACCAUAUAAUGAUAACAGUUUGCUGUAAGUGUAAUAAAGAGUUUACGGCUUUAGAUAUGAAUGAAAACAUAAAUUUAUGCCCAGAAUGUGCUGAAGAAGAUGGGAUUUGCACUACAGGAAAUGCUGUAACUUGUGCACCUGUGGCUAAAAAUGCGGCGUUUCUGGUGGAAGUUGGAGUGGAUGCAGCUGAGAAAGGACUACCCAACAAUGAAGAUCCUGAAUUUCAUAAGGUGGGUAACGUGAUGGGGCAUGAUUGCAUGCAAAACAACCCUUCUAUCCAGCUGUUGGGACAAAGGGAAUCUGAGCUUUCCAAUCAGUAUCUUGACAGAAAAAGGGAUGUGCAUGUUCCUCAGAAUUGCAGCAUUAGUGCUCCCCAUCAAUCAAAUCAUACUUUUCAUCCCAGUUUAAAUGUUGAUAUUCCUGAAGGCACAGGUAUUUUAGUCCUUCUAUCACAUAACUCUGGCAGUAGUAAGUGGCCCGUUUUACAAGGAAAGGCUGUGUCUGCUACAAAUAUUCUUUGUUCCGAGCCUUCUUAUUCAAGAGAUAAUAUCAAUUCCUUACGGAGAAGCAUUGGGCGAGAUAGUGCUUCAGCUUCUUCAUCUGUUGAUCUGGGAUCAUCCAGACAGAAAGUGAAUUCCAUUCAGUUCCCGUUGAGUAGGGAAGAGGAGACAGUCCAUAUGAGAGAUGAUAUUGAUAGCAAUGCUGAUAGUACAAGCAACUCUGGUGAUCUUCUAAUGAAUUGCUAUGAAUCCGAGCGCUUCGAAACUGAAUGUAAGCAAACAACCACUAAUUCUACAAAAUUUUUUGGAUGCGGCACACCGAGAGAACAUGUUGCUUCUUUCGAUCAAACAAAUUUUAAUGCCAUGUCUACUUCAUUUUCAAGGCCAGUUAUUUCUGAUAAUUACAUAUCCGAACAUACCAAUAGUUUCAUGACAAUAAUUACCUCUGAUUCUCAAAUUUUGGUCAAUCGAGGAGAUAAUGAUUUAUCAUGCUCUUCAGCUACAGAAAUGAUAUGUAAUAAAGAUUCCACUUCAUCCAUUCAUAUUGAUGAAUACUCUCAAAACAAUGGAAGCAAUGUCCGAAAUAUAGGAGGAACUGAUAUCAAUGAUGGAUGCUCUGAAAUGGAGGAAGAUUAUACUGUGUUGAACUGUAAUUCUCAAAAUGAUAACUUCGACGCAGCUACCCAAAGCUCUUCCAUUGUGAAUGUUGACUUUCCAUGUGGUUGCAGUGAGCUUGAGGAGUGCCAUCCUGAGUGUAUUCUCUCCCAUAACCCAGCUUAUUCAGUUCAGUACAAUGGGCAUUCAAUCCCCCAAACAUCUGAGAAUGACUUGUCCUUGUCUGCCUCAGAACCAAGAACAGCUGGCCUAGAACAUGGAAGCCAUGAAAAUUCAUGUGUAAUAAUUGAACGCCGAAGAGGACAUCUGUCAAGAAGCUUGACAUUGGAAGAAGCAACCGACACCAUACUGUUCUGCAGUUCCAUUAUUCAUGAAUUAACCUACAGGGCUGCUGCAAUUGGGAUGGAAAAGGAAUUAAACUUGCUAUCUGAGACUCAGGCUUCUGAUUCAGCUAUGACCGACCUGGGAAAGCCCAUCACUGGACUAAGAGAAUCACGGAGAAUGUCCUAUAAGCACACACCAAGAUCCCACAUGUUCAAGCCAAGAAGAAUGGAACCUCAGAGCAAAUCUCCUUGUAAUGAAGUGCAGAAUGAUAUGAAUGCUCAUGAAUUCACUUUUUCAAGUGUAGAAACUCCUAGAAAGGUUGAUACUGCAAAGCCUCCCAAGUUAGAUUCAAAGUGCAAUUGCACUGUGAUGUAGUGAGUAUUUUAGAGCAUAUAUAUAUAUAUAUAUACAUAUUCCCUUUUUUCACCUCCUUUCACAAUUUAUUAUGUAAGAAAGCUACUCCCUGUCAUUGAAAAUGGUGCUUGUAAAAUUAGUAUUUUCAGACAGGAGAAAGCAAGCAGCUAUAUGAUGUGGCUCCUGCCAUGGUUUUAUUUAUUCUUUUUUUUUUCUUUUCAAUGAUUUCCUCUUUCUACUAUGUGGCAAGUUGAGCUACUUGGCUUCAGAGUAAAAAAAAAAGGGCUGCAGUUUGAGCUGUUAUUUUGUAAAUGACCUUUAGUAUUUGAUCCUUAGC